AUCCGGGAACUUGGCCUCCUCUUCCUCCCGCUGCAGCAAGCCCUCCUCCUCUUCAUCACCAUCCUCCUCCUCUUCCUCAGACCGCAGUCCGUCGCGGCUCCAGCUCAGGUUCGGUUCGGUUCGGUUCUCUUCGUGUCUCCUGUAUGCUGAUUUUUGAAGUGUGAACGCGCCUCGGCUCGUGCAUGUGUCGGGAAAUCUGACAGACGACGUGACGUCAGCGUGUCGGCGCUUUGAUGUUUGAUGCGAGUCACGCUGGUGGUUCCGGACCCUUUGGUCUUUUGUUUGUGUUUCCUCUUUGAUGUUGCGGGAUUUUGCUGCGCUAUGAUUGGCUGCUGCCUUCGGAUCCAUCAGUCACGUGGAAAUUAUUGAUUAUUGUUUACUAUUUGUUCCGAAAUCAGCAGCUGGAUGGAUGCAUGUUGGAUGUAUCUGCUUCUCUGAUUGGCUCAUUCUUUCAGCUCAGAAGCCAAUCAGGAAAACAGAAUAUUAAUCAGUGAGUCCUUCAGAACCGGUUCUGGUUGAAGUCGGAUCUGUACUGAAACAGUUUGGACCUGGUUCUGGUUGUGGGGAGCUGAAGAAUCAGAACCAACUGCAGCAGGUUGGGAUUAUCAGACGCUGCUGUUUGGUCCGAACUCUGCGCUGGUUCCGUUCGGGUCCUCCAGAACCUUCUCCAGGAUGUCGGUGUCUCCGGGCCUCGCCGACCUUUCCCGCCUCUACCAGACCGAGUUCGUGCGCAGCGCGCGCGCGGUCGGCGUGCUUUGGGCCGUGUGCACGCUUUGUUUCGCCAUCAUCCAGGUGGUCAUCCUGGUCCAGCCGUCCUGGGUCGGAACCACGGCCUCCGGGACGCAGCGGGCCGGGCCGCCGCUGCCCAGCGGAACCAUGGGACUGUUUGAGGUCUGCCUGGAGUCGGACUGGCCGGCCCCGGACUGCCGCGGCGGUCUGUCCAGCCUGUCUCCGCUGCCGUCCUUCCAGUCGGUGGCCGUGUUGGUGGGCGUGUCUCUGUGGGCGGUGUGGACCAGCGUCCUCUGUCUCUGUCUCUUCCGAUUCUGCAGCGCUGCCACCGUCUACAAGAUCUGCGCCUGGCUGCAGCUGACAGCAGGCUUCUGUCUCGCCCUGGCGUGUCUCCUGUUUCCCGACUCGUGGGAGAGUCCAGAGAUGAGAGUUCUGUGCGGAGACUCGGUGGGCAGCUUCUCUCCAGGUAACUGCUCCGUCCACUGGGCCUACAUCCUGGCGCUGCUGGGCAUCUUGGACUACGCCAUCCUGGCCACGCUGGCCUUUGUCCUGGCCAACCGGCAGGACGCCCUGCUGCCGCCCGACGCCCCGGACGUGACCGCAGGCCUGCUGAUGUCCGCCUGAGGAGAGAUCUGCCCACACUGCCAUGUUUCAUCAUCUUCAUCAACAGAGGAGCGCUCUCCGGACGCCGGGAUUGUUUUAGUGGAACUGUUAAAGUUCCUGCAUGUGGUGAACAGACAUGAGGCAGGUUCCCUGGAAGUUCCCUAAAGGUUCCCUGGAAGUUCCCUAAAGGUUCCCUGGAAGUUCCCUAAAGGUUCCCCGGAAGUUCCCUAAAGGUUCCCUGGAAGUUCCCUAAAGGUUCCCUGGAAGUUCCCUAAAGGUUCCCUGGAAGUUCCCUAAAGGUUCCCUGGAAGUUCCCUAAAGGUUCCCCGGAAGUUCCCUAAAGGUUCCCUGGAAGUUCCCUAAAGGUUCCCUGGAAGUUCCCUAAAGGUUCCCCGGAUCCACAGUCGGUGGAACUGCAGAGUUAGCUGGUGAAAGCUAACUAUUUAACUUCACACUAAAUAUGUAGCUUGUUUACUAAAUGCAUGAUCCAAAAUAAAUAAUUAGCUUAAAUGAAAUAUUUAUCUUGCCAUUUAGUUUGGAGAUAGUUAGAUUGCUAAGCUAAAGCUGACACCCUUCCUUUCUGGAGCAGCUGACAGUCAGAAACCCGCUCUCAGGUCCAGUGAGACGGACCCGGUCAGAACUACCUGGACGCUUUUUGUCCAGGUGGUUCAGAACUUUUUGUCCGUCUCUGUUUUGGUCUUUUCUCCGUUGCUCAUUAACUUUUAGAACCAGAACCGCAUCCAUUUGGUAGAACUCCAGAACCUUAAAGUUUCGCUUCGUCUGAGCUUCUGUGAACCUCAGUGGCAGAAAGGAUUAACAUUGAAUAUAAUUAAUAAGCCAUUAAUGUUAUUGGUGAUCAAUAAAUAUUAAUGUUUAGAAAUAUUCUCUGUUUCGUAUGUCGGAUUAAUGAAACCUGAACUAACCGCCUGUUUUUGUUCAGCCUGUUAAAAACAUGAAAACUUGGUGAUAAAACUUUCUGUCUGAAUCAGUCAAUCAAUCAAUCAAUCAAUUAAUCAAUCAAUCAAUCAAUCAGUCAAUCAAUCUUUAUCUGUAUAGCACAUUUCAGCAUCAAGGCAUCUCAAAGGGUUUUUCAUCAAACAAACAGAAACACAAUGCAACAUAGAAUCAACAAUCAAACAUGACAUCAAGUGGAGUUUCAUCAUUAAAUUGAUUAUUGAUUAUUGAUUAGGUUUCUAAUAAAACUGCACCAGCUGCUUUCAGUCUGGAUUUAAAGGAUCUCAGUGUUUCAGCUGUUUUACAGUUUUCUGGAAGUUUGUUCCAGAUUUGUGGUGCAUAGAAGCUGAAUGUUGCUUCUCCAUGUUUGGUUCUGGUUCUGAUGCAGAGCAGAACCAGAACCGGAACCUGAGGGGUCCGGAAGGUCGACCCAACAGCAGCAGAACUUUAAUGUGUUGUGGUUCUGAUCCGUUCAGUGAUCUAUAAACUAACAGGAUUUAAAGUUUAUUCUCUGAGCUACAGGAUCCAGUGGAGGUUCUGGAGAACUGGGUUGAUGGGGUCUAACUUCCUGGUUCUGGUCAGAACUCCAGCAGCAGUGUUCUGGACCAGCUGCAGCUGGAGGAUUGAUUUGUUGACAGAAUCGAUGCGACUGGAUGAGAUUCUCUAGAUUUCACUGAGACAUUAGUCAUCUAGAUGUUCUUCAGCUGAUAGAAGGCCGUCUUUGGGACCGUCUUUAUGUGGCUCUAAAUGUUCAGGUCAUCACUACUUUCAGGUUUCAGGCUGAUUGCAGGUUUUAGUUGUAAUAGCUGAAGCUGUACACCGACUCUAGAUCUAUAAUUCUAGAUCUGUAACUCUAGAUCAGGGGUGUCAAACUCCAGACCUGGAGGCCUGAGGUCCUGAAACGUUUAGAUGAGCUUCUGCUGCACCAGCUGAACAGAAUAAUGAGGUUCUGGAGAACCGAUCCACUCAGAGAGGAAAUGAAAACGUUUGACUCCAGAGUUUGAAACCAGAUCUAAAACCUGCAGGACAGCGACUGGAGUUCGACACCUGAUCUAUAUGUUUUGUUUAUGAUGGACAGCUUCCCUGGCAUGUUGAGUGACAGGUAUGAAGUAUUUCUUUAUAGAUGUCAUAAUAUCUAUAAAUCUUUCACAUGUUCAGUGAUUUAUAGUUAUUGUUGAAGGUGAUGAUGAUUUCUUUACUUCACUGGAUCCAAAAUUGAAAUAAAAUAACAUUUCUCUGUAAAUUGCAGUCAGACUUCAGUAAUAAAGCUGCUCCAUAACUCA